CCCCGCAGUUAAUCUAGCAGGAAAAAAAGGUUGGAGAAUCUUACAGCAUCGCAAACCUAAACUCAUACGACGUCUGAUUACUACUACAUGGUAGUAUCUUCAUGUCCCUUUCGUCGAUCGCUAUAAGAGCUUCUCCAGCUAGUGUUACCAAAACAUCGAUACCUGAUACCAAGAUCUGGCUCAACGAAAGCCCACUCGACUACCCACCACUACCACACAGCCAUGGCUGAAGAUGAAGGUACCAUCAUCAAGUCGCUGACAUCGGUUCAGCUGCCAAUGGAACCUGCAUGUCUCGAAUUCUGCCCCGCUCACCCAGAAUACCUGAUUAUUGGUUCGUGGCACCUCAUUAAGGAUGAUCACCAUGAUGGCACCCAAGCACGUGAACAAGACGAGGGUGACGGCCCAGCAGGUGACCACCAAGGGGUCAGUGCCAGCGACAAACAGAGGCACAUGGGCCGGGUAGACCUUUACCGAAUUCAGGGGGAGCAAGUUGACCUGGUCCAGACGGACGAGUACCCUGAAUCCGCAAUCUGGGACGUCCAGUUCCAAAAACGUAACGGCCGUGCAGAUGUCUUUGCCGCAGGCUCUAGCGCGGGCACCGUCUUCAUAUACAAGGUGACGGCGCCGUCGUCGUCCGCAGACAACGCCGACGCCGCGCUGCGCAGGCUCUCCAUCGUUGGGCCCAUCAGCGGCGAAGAAGAUGGCGAGGUUAUGAUCACAAAGUGCUAUUGGCACCCAAUGAUCCCCGACCUGCUCGCCGUCUCCACCCUGGCCGGCGAGGUCCACCUCAUCUGGCUUGACGGCAAAGACGAUCUCUUCACGCCACUAUCCGUGACCAGGGUUUCAGCGCUGGCGCACUCCGAGCCAGCCUGGACCGUGGCGCUGAGCCCCCAGGUCGCCACUCCGGAGGGGACCGACGACCGCGUCUUCACCGUGUAUUCAGGGGGCGACGACAUGGCGUUCCGGUACGCCUCAGUGGCGAUGCGCGGUGCAGUACCUCCUGCCGAGGGUGCUGCCGCGCCGCCAGAGUUCGACGACGCGCUGUUCAGCCCAGCCAAGAAGUCAUGGCACAUGGCUGGCGUCGUCUCCAUCCUCCCGCUGCCCAUCACACUCCCCUCGGACGGCUCGCAGAUCGUCGUCACGGGCAGCUACGACGACCACGUGCGCGUCUGCGCCGUCAGGCCGCUUCACGAGACGUACGGCAUGGCCACGGCCCGCGUCCUCACUGAGCUGCACCUCGGGGGCGGGGCUUGGCGGCUGAGGGUGAUGGAGAUGAUUGCAGAUCCCAGCGGAAGCUCUUGGAGGCUCAGGAUACUCACACCCUGUAUGAGUGUGGGCAGCAGAGUGCUUGAGAUCUGUGGUGCGGACGACAGCCAGGAAUGGACCAUUAAGGUCCUGGGAAGUUGGUGGGAGGAGGCUGCCGGGGCUAGCAUGCUGAACUAUGGCUCUGACGUCCAGCCUCGGCGGGAGGGUGCUAGUGGCGGCGGUGACGACAAGUUUACCUGUGUAUCAUCAAAUUUCUAUGGCAAGAUGCUAUAUUUAUGGAAAUUCUGAUGUCUACCAGUGCAGCUCCGCGCGCUUGAUUGGGUCUAUACCCCGCUUAUACGUAAAAGAGACGUAGACAAAAAGAAACCGUAUUGGCCUCGGGGCCUUAAAGAGGCUAUUAUCACAAGCAGAAGAAAAGGGAGACCCGGCGACGAUGUUACUUCUGUCUGUCGGAUCGAAUCCAAUCACAAACAGACUGGACAUAGUGACACCGUUGGAUAUCAUUUCUAGCCGGCGGAGAGCAAUAUUCCAACGCCCCUCGCACCAAUGCUGACAAUCAACAUGUCGCUUUAUGCAGUAAUGAGCCAUAUCUGCUCCCCGCCUCCGCCGAUAAGCGCCCUUCCCAACGGGAGACAGUAGAGCGAGACGAGCCACACACACCACAACGUGAACGACGCAUUGUCGUCCUCGACCGUCCUGAGCAGAAGGGUGCGUACAGAAAUGACGACCCCGAGCACCAUCAUGGGCGCAUAUGCCAGCACAACCUUGACCCCCUCCAGCCACGGCGACGGACCCAACUCGGGGAUGCCCCAGAGCAGCGGCGUGGCCACGGAGCAGGCGACAAGCGGCAGAGCGACGAUCCACCGCGUGGGCGCGUCGCCGAUCACGAUGGGCACGGUGCGACGCUUGGCUGCAGCGUCGCCGGCGACGUCCUUGAGGUCCUGGAUGUUGAUGGUCAGGAAGAUGGCGCCGGACACAACGGCGACCCAGCGCCAGAGGAGAGACAUGACCUCGGGAACAGGCGUCUCUCCUGACGCGGACCACGGGGCCGGUUCAGUGCCACCUGCAGCGCGCCGACGAGGAAGCAGGGGAAGCCGACGCCGUUGAGGAACGGCUUGAGGAUGGGGUGGUCGGCGCCGCCCAGGUCGUUGUACCAAAACGUCAGGACCAGGAGGGUUGCGGUGGGCACGAAGGCGCCCAGCAUGUGGCUCACGAGCAGGGCGAUGAUGCUGACCGCGACAAAGAGGGUGGCCGCCUCGUCGGGGGAGACGAUACCGGCAGGCAUAGGGCGGCUUGGCUUAUUGAGCCGAUCCUCUUCAAUCGAGCUCGGUUUUCUCUGGUUUGAAAUGCAGAAAAGUAUCAAGUCGAGCCAGAUAUGAAGGAAUAUCAGCGGCAUUCGCGCUAGCACGACUAUGGGCGAAGGUAUUCCCGCUCUGUCCUGGAGUAUAAUAGACAGGGCGACUCCGUUGGUCAGUGCGAAUAUCAUACUAGGUGCUAGUACUGUCUUCACAUCAGACUUGCUGAAGAGGUAAAGGUGGUUGAGGAAGCGGGUCAGAGCUUUGCUGGUGUGUUGACGAUGGUCGUUCACUCGUGCCUGGAGCCUCUUCACCUGGACAACGGGGGAUGCGUCCGCACCCAGAGACAGAGGGGAGACAAGAUCAGCUGAGUGGCUAGACAUAGCGCUUGAGGAUAGGCUGUUCUGUCAUUGUGUGCCAUGUACUGUUUCUUUUUGAAGAUAGGGGAGAGGCCGCUGGGUGCCGUGAGUUCCGGCAAGCCAUUGUGUUCCAAUAAUAUAUAGAUAAAAUUUGGAGGUCCUUAAGAAUGAUGUUCAGAUUGCUGAUGGUGAAGGAGUCUCUAUCAGUCAAAGAUGUGUAAGACUCAAGAUCUGGGGCACAAGACAUGUUUGGGAAGCUCGAGGCCCUGAGCAAUAUGCUCAUUGCCGACAUAUAGAGCCCAUACUGCGCCGUGCAGUUGACAGUCGGAGCAGAUAUCCCAAACCCGAUAUCCCACAUCCGUGCCAUGACGGCUGUAUUUCCGCUCAACGGGCACCAUCGUUGAUGGAUGGUCGGCAAAAGCACAGCCGAAGAGUAUGAGCAAAAGUGACAUAUCUACACCCCCAAAGCUGUUGACGAGCAAAAGCUGCCCUCCUUCGUGAGCAUUAGGAGCACCUUAUCACGGUUCAAUCCAUGGGCGAGGGCCCCCAUAGGACGGAUUGGGCUUGUAAGAUGCUCAAGGUAAGAUAUGUGGGCGCGGUCGUGGCGGAGUCGCAGUCAGACCAACGUCCUAGGCAUCAAUAUUCCAAGCCACGACAUUAACCAGCACUUUCUUGAUCACAUGAAAUUACUUGAAAAGGGAUGCGAGGUUCUGUUAUCAGACCGAUUGGGAUGUUUUGUGUAGCCCAAAGAACCCACGCUGAAGGAUCAAUAGGGACUAGGCGGCGAGGCUUAUAUGUGUGCCUAUGCUGAUUGGUCAGCCCUGCCAUAUUUUGAUCUGGG